UUGGGAUUUGGGUUGGGGGGUUAAGAGAGAGACAGGGAGUGGAGAGUAUAAUUCUCACAAUCAAGUAAAGAUUAGCAGGGAAUCAACAAUGGAGUGUAGUACUCAUCAACCUAGUUAGUGGUCUCAGUCACACUGUAAAAUUUACCUGGUUAUUAUCUCUUUUUUAUUUUCUCUCAAUGUAUGCGUACGCAUAUGCAAUUGCAAUUGCAAAGCAUUUCCGAUCCAGAGGAAGAGAGCCUUUGUGACAGCUGUAUCCACCGAAGAAAACCCAAUCGAGAGAGAUAGAUUGUUGAUUUUUGAUUUGUGGUGGCAAGAUCUCUCUGUGCAAACUUAGGGUUUUUGUUUGUGUGUGUGGCAUGGCAACUGUUUCGAGUUCUAGCUGGCGCGAGGGCAUGUCUUCGGACAACAUAAAGGGUCUGUGCCUUGCUCUCUCAUCUAGCUUCUUCAUCGGAGCCAGCUUCAUUGUCAAAAAGAAGGGCUUAAAGAAGGCCGGUGCUAGUGGAAUCAGGGCUGGUAGUGGAGGUUAUUCUUACUUGUAUGAGCCGCUUUGGUGGGUGGGAAUGAUAACAAUGAUUGUCGGAGAGAUUGCCAAUUUUGCAGCUUAUGCAUUUGCUCCAGCUAUAUUGGUCACCCCUCUUGGUGCUCUUAGCAUUAUUAUCAGUGCUGCUCUUGCUCAUAUUAUUUUACGGGAGAGGUUACAUAUAUUUGGAAUUCUUGGUUGUGUUUUGUGUGUUGUGGGAUCCACAACAAUUGUUCUGCAUGCACCUCAAGAACGUGAAAUUGAAUCAGUGAUAGAAGUGUGGGAUCUUGCGAUGGAGCCAGCAUUUGUCUUCUAUGCAGCUUUGGUUAUAACAGCUACCUUUGUCCUUAUCUUCCACUUCAUUCCUCUAUAUGGCCAGACACACAUAAUGGUUUAUAUUGGUGUUUGUUCCCUUGUAGGUUCUCUAACGGUUAUGAGUGUUAAGGCUCUUGGAAUUGCCAUAAAGUUAACUCUGUCUGGGAUGAAUCAGCUAAUUUACCCUCAAACUUGGGCAUUCACUCUAGUUGUAACUGCUUGUGUUCUUACCCAAAUGAAUUAUUUAAAUAAGGCACUGGAUACUUUUAAUACUGCAGUGGUGUCUCCCAUAUAUUAUGUUAUGUUCACAACACUAACCAUUGUGGCUAGCGUUAUUAUGUUUAAGGACUGGGAUAGACAAAGUCCAACGCAAGUUAUCACUGAAAUAUGUGGGUUUGUGACCAUACUGUCAGGAACUUUUCUUCUUCACAAAACAAAGGAUAUGACUGAUGGUUUACAAACUUCUUUAUCUAUUAGACUUCCUAAGCAUUCAGAAGAGGAUGGUUUUGAUGACGGUGAAGGCAUUCCUCUUAGACGGCAAGAAUCCAUGAGAUCGCCAUGAUGUAUUCUUUGUGUGACAUCUUGCAUAUCUGAACAAGCUGGAGGCGCUGGGGAGGGACUUUGCCAAGGUCAUUGUGUAUUUUAUUUUACUGAUUAUUUCCUCCCCACCAUAUUUUUUUCCUGGUACAGUUGGAGUCGAAGGAUGAGAGUGUCCUAUCACUGUUCUUUUGGCCUCCUGAUGAUUAUGCUUUCUGAUCUUGCAUUGUAUACUCCACUACACUCCAUACCGAAGACACAGGCCAAUGUAAUUUUCUGCACACUGAUUAUAUAUAGUGUACCUCAGUUAAAUGAAAGUUUCAUCAUCAAAUUUUGAACUGGACAGCGUAGAAUUGUUAUUAUCAGUGACUGCCAUUUGAAUUGGAGCUGACCUUGAUGCCUAUCGGAUCAAAAUAUGGAAAUCAGUAUUUGUAGAUUUCAGGUGAAAUGCAUCGAUGGAUUGUUUGAAAUUUU